AUGGCAAAAGAACAUCGAGAAGGAAGUGGUGGACUUGGGCACCUCAAUGUGGGCCAAGCUCGAAAUUCUGCUGGAGAAGGAACCUGCAGCUCCCCGGACUCCACAAUAUCCAUGUCUUCGUUGAGAUCUCACGGGAAGGUGGAGUUGCAAGGCCCACGACCUGCGCACCUCAUGAUCCGGAACGAGACUCGCAGGAUCCGGAAACCUGCAAGGAAUCCCGUCAUCAUCUACGUGGUGUCGCCCAAGAUUAUCCAUGCCGAGGCUAGCGAAUUCAUGGCGUUGGUUCAGCGCCUCACAGGGCUUCCUGCUUCGCGCCCUUGCGGCGAAUCAUCAGCAACUCAUCAUCAAUCCACGCCGGGGAGUACUCGGCCAUUUCCGGUGAGAGUCAAGGCUCGGGUGCUGACUCACGACCCCGUCUCUCCGAAUCCGAUGCAUGACUCCAGCCCUCCAUCAUCAUUUGGAGUUGGUGCCCGAAAAGUGGCCGGCUCUCUGCAGGCUUCCCAGAGCUACUCGGGUCCGGGUCCUGGCCUUCCAUCACCUAAUUACGUGCCCUCUUCCCCCAAUUACCUGGAUGUCAUCAGCGAGGCUGAGGCCCCGGCCGGGCACAACUACUGGUACAAGGAAGUUGGAGAAUUAUUCUUUAGGGAUUGAUAUCUGCAUGUGCAUCCAUGGUCUACGCAUUUGAAGGAGCAGAUGUGGCAUCAUUUCUACGAGAGUCUCGAGCAGCAAUAUCUCUGUGAAAAACUGUGCUGGUACUAAUAGGAUUUUCUGACUUGAAUGCCACGGUCAUGUAUCUCGAUCGGAAUCCUAUAUAUGUGUGUGUGUGUGUGUGUGUAUUUCCCAUUUCUUGUUGGCGGGUUCUUGCCGUUCCUGCGUUCCAUGUCCAUCGUUCCGAUUCUUGUUUUAUAAGUUGGCUUGUCUUCUAUCUUCCCAUAUAUAAACAACAAUUUCAGAUGCGCA